GAGCUCAGCGUCCUCUCCCCACUUCCGGAGGAGCUGCAGGAUGGAGGGCUCCGAUGCCCACUGGAAAGACUUGUGAAGCUUCUUGUGGCCAUGGUGGUGGGUACCUUCUGCGGCCCAUCCAGCAGUCAAUCCAUAUGGCCGUGCACUCCGCUGCGUAUGGAAGAGCAGACGUCCAUGCGUACCUGCUACGGGGCCUUGACGCCCCGGACCGAACAAGGUGAAUUUGCCAGCCGCCGACGAAGACGAUGUGCACUUGUU